AUGGCGGACGCUGGGUUCUUUCGGGUAAGAAAUUUUGCUGCGCGUUUUAGAUUUAUCGUCUCUUUUCCUAAAGUCAGGUUUCUUCUUCUGACAACUUAAAAACUUUCUCCACAGGGCACAAGUGCGGAACAAGACAACCGGUUCCUUGAUAAGCAAAAGAAGCUGUUGAAAUCAAUGCGUUUUGAUGAAGUCCUGAACAAAAAGGUUGGCUCAUGAUUCAUCUAUUCCUUUGAUUUCCGCGUUAUAACCUUGUUUUUGUUCUGGCGUAACCUACAAGUUUUUUCAUACUUGUGUUGUAUUUAAUUUGCCAGGUUAUAAGUCAGACAUAGCAACGACAUGAGACAUGUGCCCUUGUGAAAGUUAAUUGAAUCAAAUUACAGACUAUAAUACUUUCUUCAGUCUGAAAAGUACAGUCUGGCAUCGUAUUGACUGAAACUUUCACUGAUCUCUUCAAGGCAGUGUAUUUGGUUAAGACAUUGCAAUAAUACGUUGUUUUCCUUUAUUACACGUGUAAGUUCAGACAUUCGCGGCUGACUUUUGGAGAUGGAAAUUUUUCUCUCACAGUUCUUCGAAGUCGUUGCAGUUCAGGCCCGGUUUAGACAUCAGCUUUUCACGAACCUAGCCUAAUUCGAAUUAAGACCGACCCAAAUUAUUUUAAUCCGCUGAAUUAAUUCAGACGCCGAUCUUAGUUCUAGCCGAAUUAACUUCAAAGGGAGAAAAAUGCUCAUUUCGUUCAGCCGUUCCAUCAAAAUGGAUUAAGACAUUGAACUUUUAAUGGCGUUUAAAAUUGAAUGUAAUGUCUGAUAUCAUGUACAGAAAACAGGGCCAUAUUAUAAGGACAGUAACAGAAGCGUCAUAGUAGCUUUUUAGUCAUGAUGAGUUUAUGAAAAACAAGGCAGAAAAAUAUUUAACUUUAAAAGUUAGAUAGCCUGCUUUGCAAGUAUUUCCAAACAAGUUAUUGCGUGAAAGUUGGGGAGCAAAAGGGAAAGAGAGGAAAUGCUUGCCUUGCUUACACAUCAGUUUUAAUUUAACAUAUUAAGGGCAAGAGAUAUAACUGUGUAUGGCUCACUCAAUCCAUGUUUCAGAAUUGAGCAGAUUGCAAACUACAUUAUUAAGAUAAAAUAAUGUAGAUACUACAGACUUGUUGUUGAAUUUGUUUUACCUUAAGAUAAUUUUGUACAACUGGUGUAAAACAAUUGUUGAUAAACAGCAGUCUAAUCUGUCCUUUUAAUUUUUGCAUUAGGUGGACAUGGAGAAGGUUAACUUGGAUGUUGUAAAACCAUGGAUAACAAAGAAACUCAUUGAAAUUCUUGGAUUUGAGGAUGAUGUCGUUAUGCAGUAUGUUUUAAACAUGCUGGAAUCUGAAAAGGUAAGAACAAGCUGUAGCCACUACAGACCAAAAGAAAAAUUAUCAUGUUUUGCUCUUUUAAAUUUAUUCUAAUCAUAGGUGAAUCCUCUGUCAGUGCCCCCACCUCUUAAUGAAAGUGUGUGAAAGCCUUGUGUUUGUUGGCCUGUGCUGGUGUUUACCACAGGUUAACUUGCCUUAUUUACACAAGGAUUAGUGUCAGUUCAAAUAUUUUAACUCUCUUUACAUUAUUUUUGGGAGAAGGGUGGCACAGUCGUGAAAGCAUUCACCUUCCACCAAUUUGGCCUGGGUUCAAAUCCUGGCAACACCAUUUGUUGGUUUAGUUUGUGGUUUGUUCUCUCCUUUCCGCAGGCUCUCUGGUUUUCCGCUCACCUAAAAAACCAAAAGUUCCGAUUCCUAUUCAAUCUGGAAGGCACAGUCACCUUUGAACAAGUUCUUAAGAAUUCCCAAGGGCUUUGUGGGAAAACAAAUAAAUACAACAAUCAAAAGUUAUUUUUUUAAAACAAUUUUUCAUUUCAGAGUCCUGAUCCCAAGUUUAUGCAAAUCAAUAUAACUGGUUUUCUGCAAGCUAAGAAUGCACGAGAAUUUAUGAAAGAGUUAUGGACCCUUCUUCUAAGUGCUCAGGAGAACAUUGGAGGCAUACCAUCAUCUCUACUAGAGAAAAAGAAAGAAGAGAUCAAGCAGAGAAAGGUUGGUGUAAAAUUGAAAAAUAAAUUCAUGUAACUGAUUUAUUAGCAUGAGAAAGCAGUCAAUGUUUUGUGAUGCCCCCACAGGUUUCCCCACCAGGUGACAUCAAAAAAAUUAUCAUGGUUGAAAUUAUCAUGGUUAGUGCCCUAGGGCUGAAAAUAACAGACAGCAGGUAGCCGAUCAUUUGAUCAGUCAAAUAUUUUUUGCCGCGGACAAACCCCGAUUCUGGCCAGUCAAAUAAUGAAUACCAUAAUUUGUCCCAUCGGUGAAACUUGAUCAGUCUUUUUCGUUGCCUAGCAGGUGAUCAAAGAUCUCCUCCACAAAGAAGAAACAUCACUAACAACUUCAGCACAGAAUAUUGACCUAAAACAGUUAUAGCCUCAUGACAUAAGCCCUUUUAAUUGGUUGCUAUGAUUUUUUGUUUAUGCUGUUCAAAGCAAUAAAGAAGUUAGCAUCCCCAAUCGUAGCCAACAAAUUUUGCCACAGAUAUGCCUAGUAAUAACCAAAGGUUACAGAGUGCAGGCAACAACGAUUGAAGGUCAAAAUGCUUUUAGUCCAGCACUGUGCUUUGUGUAAAGUUUAACUUGACUGAUUGUCAAAACAUGUGUGAUGAUAUUAUUAGUGACAGAAGGUCCAAAUGAGCAUGAUCAAGGUGCAUUCUGUGCAUUUCAUAUUCUUAGUGGAAGUCCAAACAAAUGCUGGCUACAUACUUGCAACGUAUGCAUAAUAACAACCUGAAGAUUAGGAUUGUGGGCUCCUCUUGUCGCCCGCAAUCAUUUUGGUGUAAAAGUAUUUAAAAAGCUAUAAGUGAGAAUUUAGCUCUAAAUUGAACAAAUGAACUAACAGUUACAUUUUCCUGUUGUAUAAUUCCUAAGCUGGAACAGGAACGACUUCAAGCAAGCUUACAAAGGUAUCAAGGAGAUCAACAGCAAACAGAACCAGACAGUACUGCUGCUGAUGAUAAUGUGGCCAAUGAGAAUGGGUCAGGUGGGCCCACAGAUGACAUCAAUGAAGAAAUAAGGAAAGCCAAGGAAGUGGCACGAUCUCUGGCAGGAAAAGAAGUGAGUAGUAUUUGGUUUCGGUUGUUUUAGUUUAGAAUGUGUGGGAAUAGUACAGGCCUAUAUUUAUCUAUCUGGGAAAGAAAAAGGACAGAUUUUUGACGGGGUGUAUGGGUGUGGGACUGCACAAUUUGACCAACUCCUCUCAAUCUCUCAAAAUUAACACAAUUCACAGCGCACACAACACUGAGUAAGGUGCUUAGUUUUACAGUUCAUAACAAAAAGAUGUUUGGUACCCUUUAAACUCUUUUCAUGUCAUUCAUUUCCAAAAACACCUUUGUUUUUUUUUUUGGUUGAACAACUUCCUCAAGCAGUGGUAAAAAGCAUUGAACUACAAGGCUUUCUUUGUAACUCUGUUUGAUCCUGGGUAUCAGUUGGUUAUGUAGAUUCAAUAAACGACAUGUAUAAUGUACUUACAUGUACAUUGGAAUUGUUUGCAAUGCUUUGUCAGAUGGUUUCCUGAAGCAUUUUUGUUUUCUGGGAAUGCAAAGGCUGAAAGUCAAGCACUAAGAACUAUUAUAUGUUAGAUACAUUGUUUAGGUUCCACAUUUCAACUUAAGCAAAGAAACAACAAGCUUUGUAAAUCAAAAUGUUCAUGUAUAUCAAGUGUAAUCCCCAGUGAAAAAACUUCACACUGAUACAAACACCAUAGGUUAUGAAGUAAUUAUUGAUGUGUGAAAGAAAUAUUUUUAAAAACAAAUAUUUAAUUGCCAUGGUAAAGAAAGCCAGUAAUUGCAUCUUUUCCAAAAGCAUGCUUAAUAUUACACUGAGACUAGUUAUGUACUCCUUAAACCUAUUUUGUUUUUGGUGAAUGUAGAGCAAACAUGCACAAUUCUUGUUUUUCCCAUACAAUUUAUUACCCCCCAAAUCAAUCACAAUUUUAAUUUUUUUUCCUGCACCCUGUCAAGAACUCUGAUAUAUAUUUAUUGGAGGCCUAGAAUAAGGCUUAAAUGAUAUUCUGAUCAAAUAGCAAAUUCUCCUUUUGUGCAAUGAGCACAUACAAGGUUCCAGUCACCCUUUCUGGGGGGGCGAGGGAAUGGGGGGCCAUUGACCAGGGAUUUUCCUGGCUACCAUAAGCAUGACCCCAGCUAAUUUCAACCAAAACUAUUAAAGGGACCAUAAAAGGCAAAGGACCUUCUGACAGUUCAAUUCUCCCACCUGCUUAUUGCAUCUACCCAGCAAACUUGUGAAUAAAGUGAAUAUUACACUGCACUCACCAGUAAUAGAUGGUGAGAUUUCGAAAUGUCUGGUUUGAUUUGUUAACAUGCUUUCAGUGUAGUAGAGUCAAAUCUCAGACUUACGCUUAAUUUGGACUGUGUAUUAAAACUGUAGUUGACAUUAUUGACGAAUGUCCUACAUCAGUAGGGCCAUAUUUCUUACUCACCAAGAACAAGAUUGUGACAUGUAAAAAUGCAAGAAUAGUAGGCAUCAUAAUAAUAAGAAGAUGUAGACUGGAAGGCUAGAAGGUGCUUUUCUUACAGAAGGCAUAUUUUUUUUACCUAACAUUCCAAGUAAACAAGGCUUCUAUCUUACUCUGGGAUAGAGAAAUGAAAUACUAAAAUCAUUAAGGUAAGCAUACCCAGUGCAUGUUUUAGUUACGUCUAUGAAUGGUGGUAAUUUAAUAGUCAGAAUUAUGUUUGCUUGUCUGCUCCCCAUUGUUUGGAUGAUUAUACAGUUAAAUCACAAAGAGUUUGAUUAUGUAUAGAAUAUUGGUAAAAUUCUCACUCUUGUUGAUAAUGUUAGUAUGACUGAACUUGUAUUUGUGAUAUUAUAUGUUGAUGCAAUGUGCAAAGAAAGUCAGUUUUACAGCGUUCCAUUUGGGCAAGCUCUAGCUAGCAUGGCCUAGCCCAAGAGUCAUUUAAGUUACCCUCCAAAAAAUUUUGGAUGAGCAGGAUUGAUUACUGUCCUUCUUUAAGGUGAAUUUGAUUAACCCAUUUGCUCCUGGGGAUUUUGCCGAAAAACGCGUUUUGAAGCUAGUCGAGUGGUUUUCUGGUCACUGUCGUGCUAUAAAGAGCUAAAACUUACCACAAACCGGUUUACAGGUCGUACACUUGGCGGCCUUCUGAUCCAGAUGCAAAAUAUCAGCUUGCGAAGUUCGGGCAUGGGCAGAAAGCAAAAUUUCGACAUAGUUUUUGGGUUUAAAAGUGACACAACAGUCUUGACUUUUACUUUUCGCUUUCUCUCCUCCCUUCUUUUUUUGCUUUUCUUGCCUCAUUUUUUUUUUCUCUUGCUGGGCAUUUAGUAGGCUUCAUUUUGGUGGGAAGAGUUUUUAGGAAAGCUUUUAGGAUGUUAGGAUUAGGAGAAAGAAAAGGUAGGUGGGUAAUGGAACAAGAUUUUCAUGGAGAUUUUCAGGUCCUUGUCACGUGGUUUUUUGCUUCUUUCUCUGGUGUCCUUGACUGAAUUGUGCUCAUUCUGGUAUGGUUUGAAAGAUCUCUUCACUCUGCACAAGUUAGCGAAGAAAGUUGUCCUUGACCGUUAAAACUGAUGACGUCACAAAGGGUAGAAAGGACCUGGAUCCGCACGGGCGGUUACGGGCGGUUCAGGGGCGAAUGGGUUAAAGAAUUCACUCUCCUGUCGGGCAAGUUGCAGACAGAAUUCACUGACCCGAUAGCAAAAUCCACCUGUCCCGUUGCUAUUGGGUUAUUCCAGAAAAAAUCCACACCCCCACGACGGAAGGCAUGGUUUUUUGACCCCCCCUUCCACCUGGUUUUCCAAAACUGCUUGAGCCCCCCUCCCCUCAGGAUUUCCAAGUUCAAAGACCCCCCCACCCAUCUGGAUUUCCAUAAAAUUGUUAGACACUGUAAUUUUAAUUUACACUCAAUGUAGAAGAAUCCUUCAGGCACUUAGGUGAUCUUUUUAUUAAACAAGUCUCAAUUUUCCGUGAAUUCUGAGUUUGUUGUGAAAGUUAAGAUUCCAUUUUCACAUCUUCUUAAACAGGCUUACACUUUUUGCAAAUAAGCUCAUAUUUGAGUUAACUUCUCUUUUUUUCUAGAACAGGCAAAAUAUACAGCAAUAUAUACUACAAUAAAGCUCAUAACUAACUAUGCUCUCGAAUAAAUGGUUCUCUUCUUUGUUGAUAAAAAAUGACUGCGAACGAAAGAAAAAGGACACUUUAGGGGAUAUUACAUGAUAUGCUAUACAACUUGCCACUACACUCACCUUUCAAAAUGGCCGCCGAAAGAUCAUGAACAACCACGCUUACUUGUAAGACGUUUUUAGUGGUAAAUCACCCUCAAAUAGCAUUGACCCUGGAAAAAUGUUUAAUUCAAGGUAAAAUCAUUGUUUGCUUUACUUGAACUGAGCGCUUUUUUAGGAAUUAUGCAAUUUUUCUUGAUAUCUUCAAGUUAUCACACAUCGCUUCUACUAAAGUAUAAACGAGGGCGAGCCUAUGGAAACUUAAAAUAAACGCGUUAAGAGGUCCAUAAUUUGAAAGAAUAAUAAAAUUUGAAAGGGUAAAGCAAUUAUUUGAAAACUUGUCGAUUAAAGCGAUUGAAACGUCGAUGAAAUAAUUGAAAGUUACCCCCAAGGAUGUAUUUUUAGGUUCAAAGCGCCCCAUCCGUCUGGAUUUCCAGAGCCGUUAACCCCCCUCCCGUGAGAUUUUCCAAUAUGCCUUCGGUCGUGGGGAUGUGGAUUUUUUCUGGAAUAACCCAUUGGACACAACUUUCUUUGCACACUGUGAUGAGAUCAGAUGGUGUAAAUGGUAUUCACCAAUGUGAUUGCUGACCUCAUUGCUUCUGUUAGACACUCAGAUGACUUGCUGUUGAAAGCUUGUGCUUCCGACCUGAAGCAGUUACUGGUACCUUACCAAUAUUUUGGACAAACAAUGGACUAAUUGAGCAAAACCAUCAAAGUUAUUUUAUCAACAGUACAAGUUUAGAUUUUACAAUACCAUCACAGCUCUUGAAACUAUUAGACAGCCAAGUUAUUACAGUGCAAUUGACCAAUCAUGUCAACAAAGAGAGUUAAAAGCUACCAACUGACAAUAUGCAAUUUACUUUGAUUCUAAUGAUGACUUUCAAAAAGGUUGUUGAAUUGUCUGGGAUCACUGUCACCUACGUUAUUUUAUUUUGAAGUCAUUUUGACGUACAGUCGAACCUCUCUAAUAAGGACACCAAAGGGACAGAGCGAAGUGUCCGUAUUAGAGAGGUGUCCGUAUAAAAGAGGUCACUAUGAUGACGUCACUUUUAUGACUCCACUUACAGUUUUGAGUUUUCAUUGGCUAAAACCAGGCUCACACUCAUCUUUCAACUGCAUUUAAAGUUAUUAAUUCAGAGUACAAAGAGAGUUUGUAUUAUAGAGGUUUUUUUUUUAAAGAAAAUAAUUAUGUGAGAAUUUUGUUGGGACAUUGGAAACUGUCGGUAAUAGAGAGGUGUCCACACCAAAAGGUUCGACUGUACUCAGGAAUACACACAGCUAAUGAUUUUAUUCCUCCUGUAUUAUUAGUUUGUUAAAUUUAAUUUUUGUUACCAUGUGUUUAUUCUAGACACCUCAGGACAGUCCUAAAAGAGACUACAAGAAGUCACGGCGAAACUCUGAUCACUCGGACAGUGAUGAGAGUGAUGAUGAGGAUGAGAAGCAAUCAAAGAGAAAGAAAGAAUCGCGCAGAAAUGCUGAGGAUAAAGAUGAAAAGUCUGAUUCCCCAUCACUGAUGAGAGUAAAAAAGGAGAAAGAUGCUGAUGAAAAAACUAGAAGCAAGUUUCUUCAAGACAAAUGGCGAUCACGACUGCUAUCCUCCGCUGCGCGACCAGCUGAGAGGGACAAGCCAGGUUGGGAUGCUGAACAUGAACAGAAUGUUGCACUUACAAAAACACCAGACAUAGAUGUCGUCUUAACUGGAGAUUCCAUUAUCAAGGGUCUUAGUCGUUAUCCCAGAAUUUGGAGGAAGUAUUUUCAGCCUCUUAAGUCACUCAACUUUGGCAUCGGUGGUGACAGAACACAGCAUGUUUUGUGGCGACUUCAGAAUGGAGAGAUGGAGUGCGAUCCUAAAGUAGUUGUUGUCCUAUGUGGCACGAACAAUUUGGACAAGAACAACACAGGGGAAAUAGCUCAGGGAAUAUUGGCUAUAGUUGAUUAUAUUCGCAAGAAAAAGCCAAAUGUCAGCAUUGUCGUCUGUGGAAUUCUUCCCAGGGACUUAUAUCCUACCAUAAGGCGGGAUAACAUUGAUGAGCUCAAUGACGAGCUGUUUGAGUAUAUUAGCUAUUCUGAAGAGCUACGUGAUGAGUAUGUUUAUUUUCUGGCACCCGGGACGGGAUGGACUAGAAAGGGUGGGAAGCUCGAUGAAUCGCUUUACUUCACAGAUCACUUGCAUCUAGUGGAAGCAGGAGAUGAGAAGCUGGCAAAAUCAAUCUCCCGUUUGGUCAAAGAACUUCUCAAAACUGAUGCAGAUGAAGGCAACCCUGUCCCUCAUAAGAAGCUUCUCAAGGUAUACUUUUAUCUUCCCUUGAUUGAACUUUGAAUCCAUGAAGCUAAACUUGUCAACUCAGGAUGAAUGUUUUCUAUUGCAGGUUUUUAAUCUUGCUUAUUGGUGUAUGCAAAUAACAGCUUCCUCCCUCUGGACUUUGCAUCAGGCUUUUUUCUAAUUAUUUUUCUCUAUCAUUCUGUUAUGUGUAUCUGCACCUUGGAUUCUGCUUGUUUCUGCUAAUCCUUCCCCUACUGAACUUUCAGAGACAGUCAAAAUACAAUUGACAAAAACAACCCACUCUUAAAGUGUAAUACAUCUUGCUUAUUGGUGUAUGCAAAUAACAGGUUCCUCCCUCUGCACUUUGCAUCAGGCUUUUUUCUAAUAAUUUUUCUUUAUCAUUCUGUUUUGUGUAUCUGCACCUUGGAUCCUGCUUCUUUCUGCUAAUCGGUUCAGGCGCGGAUCUAGGAUAAAUGCUGACCCAUUUCCUCAACGAGCGCCGAAAACGCAAGCUUCUUGGGGGUCCAGGGGCAAGCUCCGCCGGUAAAUGUUUUAGAUUUUAACUCCCUAAAGUCUCCUUUCUCGGGGUUCCGAGUCACUCAGAUAGGAUAUUGGCCAGUUCCAUUCACCUUGGAUAAAGCCUUGCAACUUGGAAAGUUUUUUAUUUAUUAAAAAUAUAUCUAUUAAAGAAAAAUCUGGCCGAUUUCCGUAAAACGGUGGAAACCAGUGUGGAUCCGUGCCUGCCACCCCUACUGAACUUUCAGAGACAGUCAAAACAGAAUUGACAAAACCAACCCACUCUCAAAGUGUAAUACACCUCUUGUAAGGGUUUGAGAUGUUCAUCUUUCGUGUUUAGAUGAUAUCUUGAAGGGAGUAAUGUGUUUGAGGUGAUGGCAUUUAAAAUUUCCAGAGCAGAACCUUUAACAAUUAAAUGUAUAAUGGGUUUAUACCCCUUAACUAUAGCUCAUUUUGUAGCUAUUUAUCCAUGGAACAAUCUGAGACAUUUGAGUUUCUCAAAUCCAGCAAGCUGUAGACAGCUGUUGAUAGCAUGGUGGCUGAGCGGUUAAUACCUUGAACUUAAGAUCUGGCAGCCGGUGUUUGAACCUUGUUGUUGCAUUAUUUCCUUAGACAAGACAAAAAACUUUCCUCGACAUUGUCUUUCUCUACCUCUGUGUAUAAUGGGUACUGGUGCCGCUAGAGUCAUUGAACAACAGAGAAACUUGUUAGAAGCAGUAGGCGAUGAGGUACCAGGUUCAUAUGUGCCUUUCAGUCAGUUACCAUUGUACCUACUUUAACCACCUCCUGGUUAGCUCAGUUGGGAGAGUGCCGGUCUACUGAGUGGGCAGUUGCGGGUUCAAACCCUGGCCAGACCAGGACUCAGGGUCUUUAAAAGUGAAAAGAAAGUGUUGCCUUUGUAAUUGCUUCUGCAAAUGAUUAGAGUUUUUAGAUAAGGAUGAAAAACCAUAGGUCGCAUCUCACAGCACUUACACUUCUCUGGUUUUUGUGGGACAUAAAAGAACCCACACCACUGUUCCAAAAGGUUGGUGGAUGUAGACCCCGGUGGUGUGGUCUAAAUGUCUACCAUCUCUGACGAUCAAUACUUAGCUUCUGUUGCUAUUACUCAUCUUUUGGGUGCUGGGUAACAUUAAAAAAAGCUUCUUCUUCUGUUGCUCAUAAACCAAACCCAUUUGCUUGGCAGUUAAACUUGCUAAACUGAUUUUUUUAAUUGCUGAUACUUUUUUAAUUUUAUGGAGCACCAAUAUCUCAUUGUGUUGCAAUGUCAUGUUUCAUCUCUGCAAUGAGUGCUGCAUACUCAAGCAGAAAAGCUCUUUCAUGUCAUAGUUUGGAUACCUUAACAACAGGAACACAGAAGUUUCUGUAAAAUUAAUAAUAUGAGUACCAUGUAGGGUAAAACUUUGAACUUUAACAGCUGCAUUAUUUUAAGGCUGGAUUUUAUGUUUAAGUGUUGAUUUAGAAUGGGGAACUUAAGUAAUAACUCUUGCUUGUUACAAUAAGUGGUUGCUUUGUACACUUGAAUAUUCACAGAAUUCUAGGCGUUUAGUUUUUUAAAAAAGGAAAAUAAAAAGGCUAGUAAUUCGCCCUGGUCAUUUGUGUUUGUUGUGGUAUUGUAUUUAAAGUUAUAACAACUUGCUUAACUGCAAGUAGUGGGUCUAAGAUAGGGCCACUGCUUUUGAAUGCACUGUCCACGUUCGUCAACAACUUUGUUUGAUCAGUUGGUCUGUUUGCUGUGCAAGAACUCCUAUUGCACUCCAACAGAUCUACUACAAUAUACUGACUUAGAUAUAUGUUAAAAAUAACCUUUUUUUCCUUCGUCAGGAAAAGGAGAUUGAAGAAACGGAAAAAGCGAAGAAAGGUACGUUUUAAUAAAAUGUAGUUGUUUUCAAGCAAGGGAGCAUGAAUUUAUAUGUCUGUUUGAAACGUAAUUUUCUACGUAAGAAAUGCCCUCGAAGUUACUUGUUUAUGACAAAUCACUCCUUCAUAGACUUGCUGAAUUAAUUUGGGCCUUUAUCUGUGAACAUUUAGACAUGGUUUCCCUCUUUUUUUACACUUGUAUGUGGUUUGUUCAGAGUUAUUAGUUCUGCUGAACAAACGAAUUGCACCAAAAAACAUCCUCUGUAGUCAAUCAGUUCUCCAAAAUUGCAAGUUCUUUGGUUCAUAAAUUAAAAUAUGGAGGAGCUGAUUCGAGAACUUGGCGUGCUCGCAUUGUUUCCAAGCCCUCUUACGCACAGUUCAACAUUUUUUUUUUUAACAACAACAACUGUCGUAGCUCUCUUUGUUGAACAAGUUGUAUUUGUACUUGUUGAACGGAAAGGAGCUUACUAUCUCUAUUUUCGUGCAACAACGAUCUGUAUGUUGGAUAGUUUAUUCAACCUUUAACAUGGCAUGAUGGGCAUUUGUGGAACCUUUUGUCGCUUUCUUUGCUUCACACUACCCCUCCUAGCACUGGUAACAUAAUUUUAUAAUGUACUGGGGGUUAACUGAUGAUGAGCAAGCAUUCUGUAACAGGAUCUUCACUCUUCUCCAGGGAUAAACCUUGUAGGUACCGGCACUGAGGCUCGAAUAAUCCUUUACCCUUGUUUUAGAAAUUGGUAUUAUGUUCAGUAAUAUUUUUGAGCUUGAAAACGGCAAAAUGCACUUUGUUCUGCCAGUAUCGUAUUGUUUAAUCCGCUUUCUAUUUCGGUCCUAUUUUUAAGGUAAUUUAGAAUUUUUCUUACAAACAAUGUAUUUUUAAGCUGGGAGAAGAUAGAAAAUCGAUUUUUCAAACUAUUAACGAUAGCUCGCUGUGCUUAAACCAAGGACUGUCCGGGCCAGCUGAAUAUUUAAUGUUUAUUUCUACCCUAAAUUGUCUAUAAAGCUCAAAUGUAUUUUUUGUUGCAGAAAAUGCCAAGGAAAAAGAUGCCAAGUAAGUUUCUAUAAUUGUUUUCUGCUUCUGCCUAACGUUUUGGUUUUAAGUAUUUGCUAAUUACUUGAAAACAUGCUGACGAUUAUUAUCUCCGUUGUUGAAUUCUAGAAGGGAUCGUUCCAGCUCCCGCUCAAGAUCAAGGUCACGAUCUGGUGGAAGGGAAAGAAAGCGAUCACGUGACAAGAAAGGACGCAGGCGCAGUAGUUCUAAGUCCUCUGCUUCCCGAUCACGAUCUCGGUCUCACUCCAAAUCGAGGUCGCGCAGUCGUGAGCGAAGAAGACGCUCUCGAUCUCGUUCGCCCCGACGCGUUUCUUCUUACAGCAGAACGCAACGAUGGUCUCCGUACAGGCGACGCAGGUCACCAUCACCAAGAUGGGUUCCACCCAGACGAAGAUCACCUCCGCGACGCAGGUAAAGUAGUUAAAAUCUAAUGAUUCGUAGCACGCCCUCUUGUUGGUCAGAGUCAAUCGAGUCUCUGGAUAGUUAGUUUAGUAAUCCAAAAAACUUUCAGUUAUGUGGUACAAUACUCUAGAAAAGAAGGCAAGAAAACGGACAAGGCACUUUUUUUAGGUGCUCAAAAAAUAUACGAGAUGGUGUUACUAAGUCUUUUAUCUCUCCAACAAAUGCAUAAUAGUUAAGCUCUAUUCCAGUUCACACAGAUGAAUUUUUUAUUUUCUCCUCUGUGAGCAGAGCUUUACUGAUACUCUAUUUGCUCUACCCUUUUACUGCGCUUUUCAAAAACACGCGAAUUCUGACGUUCAAAACCCAACUGACGUUUGACCUAAUGCAUACAUUACUCUGAUAUAUUUUCACUUGUAAGCAUUGUAGACCAUUGUGCAUAGUGAAAAUGAAUUGAUUCCGACAAAUGAAGGUCGACGUCUGAAUCAACCGUCGAACUUAUAGUUUUGUUUAAUAAUGACAGCAAUAGCGUAAGAACAACGUAAAAUAGGUCAGUUGUUUUGUAAAAAUAACAGCAAUAAUGUCAUGUUGCUGGUGGGAGCGGUGCCUAUCAACAUUUUUGCUCCUUGACGCAGUAAGUGCGUUAUGUGAAACCGUGGCUUUCCUUUGUUGUUAUUGAAUUAAUACCCGUGGAAGUCCUCAAACCACGGACAGUACGUAAUGCUAUUAACUGAAACUGAUAUAUUGUGUUUGCAGAUCUCGCUCUCGUUCUCCACGUCGUAGGUCACGUCGUUCCUCAUCUCCUCGACGGCGUUCACGGUCCAAUUCAGCCUCGUCACGUUCACGGUCACGCUCUGUGAGUUUCAGCUCACGUUCCUCACGCUCGCGUUCAGGAUCUCCUGCUGCCGAAACAUCGCGAAAAGAGAAAAAAGAGAAAGGGAAAGACAAGAAGGAAAAAGAAGUUGAGAAAGAGAAAGAAAAAGAAGAGGAAAAAGAAAAAGAAAAGGAGAAAUCAGCGAGUCCGGAGAAAGAAAAGGCGUCUGCCGAGUCUCCUGUUCCACCGCCAACACAUCACAGGUCAACUUACAAGAAAAAAGAACAACAGCAAUCACCAGUCAAACAACCUUCACCUUCAUCGUCAUCACCAUCACCCUCACCUGCCCCUCCGCCUGGUAAAGAAGAGAAAGAGGAGAAGAAAGAGAAAGAGGAAAAGGAAGAGUCACCGCUUUUGCCCAAAUCCAAGAAAACAACCAGCCGUCGCUACCGCAAACAUUCACCGUCGCCGUCCUCGUCUGAAGAGGAGUGGUCGCCUGAAAGAAAGAAAAAAGUAGAUUCUUCAAAGGAUCGCAGGAAGGAGCGAGAGCGAAGUGAGUCUCCACGGGACAGGAGAAGGAAACGCAAAGAGUCCUCACCCUCCCCGAUAAGAAAACGACGAGAAUCUCCCCCCUCUCCCAGAAGAAAGAGGAUGCAAGACUCGCGUUCACCCGCUGCACGAAGAAAGCGAAGAGAAAAUUCUCGCUCAGCGUCACCUCCGCGAAGACGUCCUCAGGAAAAACGUUCUGCCUCACCACCCCGUCGAAGGAGAAGGUCUGAUUACUCCCCUUCUCCUUCCCCCAGAGAAAGGCGCCGACGCCCGGACCCCUCCCCUCCACGCAGCAGGGAGAGACGAAAGGAACGAAUGUCACCCCCACCCCCUCCACCUCCUCGAAGACGGCGUCGAUCGAGCUCGUCUCCACGUCGGUCGGAAUCGUCCCCACUGUCGCGUUCUGCUGACAGAGGACAGAGAGAUCGUCGCCGUUCACCCGAGCCGGAAAAGGACGCUCGGAGAAGGAAGCGGUCUGAACGGUCACGAUCACGAUCAUCAUCUGCCUCACCAGAGCCCCCGCAGAAGCCACAGGCUGCGGACAAAUCAAAGGCGCAACAAACUAGACGAUCAUCAUCUUCAUCCGUAUCUCCUGAACCCGAACCCGAGAAAAAGAAGCCACGCGAGGCUCGAGAAUCUUCCGAAGGGAAGAAAGCGGCAAAGAGACGGUCACAGUCAGCGUCUCCUGAGCGACAAACUCGGGGACGCAAACGGAUGGAACAUAAGUCAGCCUCCGUGUCACCUGAAAGGUGAGCCAUGCUUUUUAACUCAAGCUGAAAAUUACGGUCGUUGAGUGAACCAUCUAAACUUCAUCAACAUAAGCAUUAUUUCAUUCCAAAUUGUUGAUUGGCCGCCCUAACAGGGUUAAUUUGUGUGGUUGGGGAUUGAAGGCGUUUUGACUAAGUCUCGGUCUCGGUAUUUAUCUGAGAAAUAAGACCGAUUUGCUCAGUUCUUCGUCUUGUUUGUUAGUUAGAUGUUGAUUAUUAGAUUAAAUGGAGCUACAAUCUUGAACAGAAUAAAAUGGAACAGCACCCCCUCCCCACCCCCUCCCCCCAAAUCAAGGAUGAAGCCACACGAACGACAAACCGCGCCAUUUCCCAUCUUUGAUUUUAGGGGGAGGGGGUCUAGAUUAUCCAUUUAUUUAGUCCAAGAUUGUACCUUCUUUGACGUGCUCUAUAGUAGUCAUACCGUCAGUUUUAACUAAGCUGGCGAAAACGUGUCACCCGCCUUAACGAUAUAAUGAUAAUCUUGGUACCUCUUUGGUUGCUUUUAUCUUAUUGAAAGCCCUUAAGUGCUUUUCCGGUACCUUUUAGGGACCUGUUAGGGUGUUGAGCCGAAAAAUGAAUAGUCCUAAGCAGCUUUUCAUUAGAGACCAUAAGAUUCAAAGACGAGUACGACUUCGAGGACGAGAUUUUCUCAAUAUUAAGUAGUGUGCGCGUGCGAAGCAGCGUCAUUUUUGACAGGAAAACGUGAUAGCCGUCGUCUCUCUUCUGCGGGUUUUAGCGAGAAUCUCGUAGUGGCGUAAACAGGUUAUCAAAUGUUAGAAGUUUUAUUAUUUUGUGAUCAAUAAAGGGUUUAACCUUCUCCAAUAAAGAUAACAGUGCUAACUUUUCCGGGGGGGGGGGAAAUACAAUGAAGAAUUCCGGGGUGACAAUACGCGAAAAAACUUUUUUAAUCAAAUCUCGUACUCGAAGUCGUUGUCGUCCUCGAAUCUAAAGGUCUCUUAUGCCUUGCGUGACGGCUGCGUAGGAGAGGAUGGGAGUCACGUGGUACUUAAUUAAUUUUUGGGAUCAAUUAAGGUUUCUUGGAAACUGCCCACCUACCCCUCCACUAAGCGAACAUUAUCACUUACUUCUCACUUAGGGCAAAAUGUUGGCGUAGGGGAUGGGUAGGUGGUCAGUUUCCCAGAAACCUAAAUUGACCCAAUUUUUGGUACCCCCUAGAGUUGUUUUGGGAUUUUCCGACGGGCAUCCGCGCUGUUUUUCUAACAGAGUAUCCCCGGGUGCUAUAAUCACUGAGCUGUAGUUGAACUCAUGGGUCAUAUACUAUGGUUCACAUGUGACAUAAUCUUGUUGCUUUCUCAGGCCUAAAAGUCGAAAAUCAGCGCCAGCUAGGUCAGAUUCUCCUGCUCGUAAAACCAAGUCACGUACUAAACGAUCUGCCUCAGCUUCACCCCCACCGUCCAAGGCUGCCCGCGCACGUGGCUCAAGACGUUCCCGUUCUUCUUCCCCGGAACAGCAAGAAAAAUCAAAGUCUCACGCUGCUAAGCAAUCUCCUAAGCCGUCUGUUUCACCCGAACCUCGGCAACAGGCUCGAUCGGCUAAGAAAAGCCCUUCGGCAUCUCCACCACGCGAGCGGGUGAAACGAAAGGCAGCGGCCGAGAGGGCCUCGGAUGGAGAUCAUUCUCCAGAGCCCCCUGUCAGAAAGGCCCGCAAAAGUCCUUCCGUGAAAGAAGAAGAGGAGGUGCCUAAGACGUCCCCUAGUAAAUCACCUCCUGCAAAGGUAAUGAUUGAAGCCUGUUCCAGGUUCCAACGUAGUAGAGACCUUUAGAUUCUACAACGAGUGCGAGAUUCUCUCAGUACUAGGUAGCGCUCGUACGUGAACCAGUGUCAUUUUGGCGGGAAAACGUGGUAUCCGUCGUCAUUCUACUACGAGUUUUAGGGAGAAUGUCGAUGUGGCGGGAACAAGUUAUCAAAUGUUAGAAGUUUCAUCACUUUGCGAUCUGGAGAGGGAGUAACCUGCUUCACUAAAGAUAACAGUACUAACUUUUACAGUGAAAAAUGGUAAAAUAAAGCUUUUCGGGGCGUGUAUAUUUUGAGAAUACGCGAGAAAACUUUAAGUCAAAUCUCGUACUCGUAGUCGUUCUGGUCCUCAAAUCUUAAGGUCUCUACUAAUGUGCAGAGAUCGUGAAAAUACGCACACGUAUUUUCACGUGACUUGUUUUCGUGACCUCUCUGCAAUCUGAGAGCGUUGCACAUGCUAAAAGACAUCCUGCAUUUUUAGUUUAUUGGAAGCGUUUGCCAUCAAUAUUUAAAAUUUGCGCUUCAAUUAAGUUAUUGUUUUUUUACGAGCAGCUGAUUGGCCCACAACCAGCGUUCUCGGAAUGCAUUGUUAUUUUCCCGUAAUCUGAUUGGUCAACUUUGUCUUGGUGGCCCCGUUUACAGAACUCGCACUGCAAAGUGUCCAUGUGUUUAGCACGAAAGUUAUAAUUGAGGAUACUCUAGUUGCGUUUCCUUCCGGAAGACAGAACCCCCACCGGGGGUCGAACCCGUGACCUCGCGCUCUGCCGUCCAGUUUUGGGCGAUCCCGCACCUAUUUGAAAGAUUGUUUUUUAUUAGCUGGGAAAACAAUAGGGAUUGUCACAUAACAAUGCCUCUAUCCCUGAAAACAAUGGAGGUGUAGAUUAAAGGGGACCAGUGAAAUAAGAGGUUUAGAACGGUUUAGGUUUACUGCCAGUUUUGCAUUUACUGGUUUUUAGUUCAAAACUUUUGAAUAAAUCGAAUGCAUUUCAAUGCGUUUGGAACAGUAACCAAGGGAGGCUCAUAUCCGGUGGGGCUUAUGAUCGGAUGUAUUUUUUUUGUUUACAAGUAGGAAGGAGGGGGGGCCUUAUAAUGUGGGGCAGUCGCCAGUGUACAGUAUAGUAAUUUUGUUGUUACUUUUAGCAGGAAAGCUCGGGAGAGGAGCCUGAAAAAUCAGAAGAGAAGGAAGCUAAAGGAGAGAAGAAGAAAAAGCAUAAGAAACACAAGAAACAUAGUGGCUCAAAACACAAACACAAGCGUUCAAAACACAAGAAACACAAAGACAAAGACAAGUCGCCGGUGGUAAGUGAAGUUUUUAUGUUCUUCAAGCUCUUGUGGGCACCAAAAGUUGCUACUUGUUUUGCAACAUUUGCUUCGAAAAGAGUUGAAUUGACCACUCCAGAAAAUACCAUAACAUACCAUAAUGCUCUUUGUUUGUCACCCCAAAAUUUUGCAUAAGCAUUGUUUUCAGUUUCUCUUGGGGCCAUUUUAACUCCCAAGAGAAACUGAAGACAAAGCUUAUGCAAAAUUUUGGGGCGACAAACAAAGAGCAUUAUGGUAUGUUAUGGUAUUUUCUGGAGUGAUCAAUAGCAAUGUUCUGCGUUCCACGUAGCCUGCGAACAGCAGACGCAUUUCCGGUCGUCGCUUCUCACGACCGGAAAUGCGUCUGCUGUUCGCAGGCUACGUUCUACCAACCCCAAGUUUAGAUCUGCCUUGCAGCUAAUCAGGUUCUUGCAAGUGGCGUGAAUACUGACUACUGAUUGGAUAAAAUUACGCGGGAGUCGCGUCACUGUAAUGUAAAACAAGUUUUCUUUAUGUCGGUAAAACGCGAAAGAUUUUGUUGCCAAAAAUAGAACUCUUUUUACUUUCUACAACAAUUUUUCGCAACCUGCAACAUCCCGAUUUGCUGCAAGACAGGUUUGAUUCGUGGUCGCUAUUCAGCUCGUUUUUCAAUUCAAAACAAGGGCGUUUUUGUUGCCCAAACGUUCGAAUUCUUUUCAUGCGACGAACCAAACUGAGUGAGUUAACUUCAUGACUUUUUGUCUCAGUUAAGUUCGUCUGAGUGACUUUGAAUGGACAAACACGUUCUACCCGUCCGCUUCAGACGGAUAGAACGUGUAAAGAUCGUCUCGGGGACAAACGUCGAUCUACUUAUGAGACGAAGUCAAAAGAUAAAUUAAAAAUUUGUAUCGUCAUUAGACUGUUUGAAAACUGUUUCGUAUCAUUGUUUUCUCUUGAAUUUAGUUCAUCGACGCUAUAAAGUUAUGUUCGACGGUGACCUAAACGGUCAUUUGUUUUUUCGUCUCAUGAAAAGAUUGGACGUCUGGCCUUGACGAAGAGACCUUUACUGCAUUCCCGUAAAUAAAGGCACCAACUCGAGGCUUGAAGUGAAGUAAUUUGUAUGAAACUGUCCCCGACCCCGCUUCUUUGAGUUUACGGUCGUUUCGCCUGCGAGUAGUUUCGCUAACGUCCCGGAUUGUGUUCGCCGACUUCCGAAGUCAUUUCGCUUACUUGUUGGGUCAGUUCCCCAACUGCUUUCGCCUUAUCAGUGCAAGAACCACUGUAAAUCAGAAAGAUCUGUUUUAGCCCUAAAAAUGGGGCCGUUUCGGUGAGUAAAAUACAGUCCUAUUUUUGACAGGGUUGGCACAGUCUUGAAAAGUCCUUGAAUUUUAGGGGAAGUCCUUGAAUUUUUUUCAACUUCGAAUGUAGUGGCCUGGAAAGUGUUCUUUGACGCUUUUUCAUUAUCCAAAACAGAAUAUGAAUCAUAACUCAGAGCAUUUAAAGGUUAUUUACACAAAGUGCUCAAUUUUUUAUGCGAUAAUUAACUAUCAAUUUAAGAGAAGUGAACUGAAAAAUGUAGAGAAGUUGGCGAACCAAACAGUUCAAGUCUUAGAGCCUUAGAAGAAUAGACUGGAAAUGUGCAUUUUUGUACAAUCCGUGAAAUUAUAUUCCUAGUAGAAGGUCCUUGAAAAUUUAAUGUGGUCGUUGAAAAGCCCUUGAAAAGUCCUUGAAAAGGGGUUGGAAUUUUUUGUAUGAACCCUGUUUGAGUCUAAUUUGGCUCCCUUAAACCAGGGCCAAUACAGUCCAAUUAGCUAGGGCUGAUUUGGUCCCAAAGGGGUGAAAUGGGACCAAGCGUGGGCUGUAAUAGCCUUCUGUUUGUGCUUUUCUGGCCUUAAUUGUGCUCAAAUGGCUCCAUGAAGGGCUGAACAGACUUUGUCCUGCGGGGCUGAAUUGACACUUUGGGGCUGAAUCAGAUCUUUUUAAUUUUCAGUGUAGGUAUACAGCUAUUUCGAGAAAGGUUGUCGGAAAAAGUGCACGCGACAAACCCGAAAGGUAUUGUGGGUGGUUUUGAGCUGACUGUUUUUCAAAGAAAUUUAAAAGAAUGGCAGGAGAGGCCGUGGACAUAUGUCUGCGAGUGCUAAAGGAAAGCAACAAAAGUAGGUUCUACAGCUACAGUGUCAGGAACAGUGUAUUGAUCAUAUCCCAUAUUACCUUUCGGGAUUGUCGCGUGGACAUGUUUUCCGACAACCUCUCUCGAAAUAGCUGUAUACUAGUCUGCUACACAGCCGUUUUUAGUGUCGUCACGCAACCCCAGUGGGGAGGAGCGUUGCGUGACGACUCUAAAAACGGCUUUGUAGGGUAUCGCACUUUUUUGUAUCAUGGCUGAGAGAACGAAGCAUAUACAUGCGCAGCACUCGGUUCGCUUCUCAGCGGAACGACGUAAAACGUUACCGAACGGGACGUUAGCGAAACGACUCGCAGGUGAAACGACCGGUCAACCUUCAUUACGUGCUCACUAGAGUGGAAUGCGGAAAAAGUCGAUUGACAAAGCUCCUCUUAAGUGUUCGUGGCUAGGGCCGCCUAGAUUGCAUGUGGACUUGAAUUCUAUUUGAGUAUACGUAUGCUUGUAAAUGCGCCCUCUCAACAUGUGUCCGUCUCGUGUAGCGCCUACAAAAUAAAGUGACGAAUAAUAAUCGAAUCUUGAAAAGCCCCUCGUCGGACAGCUGAAAAUUAUGUAUGCGAAAUUUGAAAGCAUGUGUGAUUGGCGUUACUGUUUAGAAAUCAUCGAGCCUAAUUUUCAGUGUUUUGUUACUCGAAAUUUAAUAUUAGUCACGCUACCAAGUUGCCUUGUAUGUUUGUCGUUUUAAAAAGUGAAAAAUUUUCCAGUUAGCAAAAUGACUGUGUGUCGAAAAGAAACGACUAAAUGACUGUGUAUAUGGCAACAGCUUGAAAUUAUUAACUGCCGCUUGGUAAACUUUCGCCUCUGCAACUUUGAAGAUUGAAAAAAAUCCAAAGAAGAUAAAACAAAUUGAAUUAGCCUGUCCUAUCAAAUCUAAAAUUGGAAGCAGAACAGUUUUUUUAGUUCCAAUGUUUGAGGUAAACAACAUCCGGGCUUGGUAGACAGUCAUUUACGCAAUUGUAUAAGGUUUUUACAACAGAUUGCAUUAAGCGAUCCGGUUGUGUUUUCGCAAUAAUUUCGGGGGUAUCUUCACCCCAGUUUUGCAGUCUGGCUCCCCAAUAAUGAUUUAAACGUAGGAGAUCUACGGGAAAAUUUAUCGACGUUCCCUGUUUAAGUGAGUUGUGAUGUACUAUCGCCCUGCUUACAUGAGCAGGUUUGUAUAUCGGCUUAACAAGCGGGUUUGCGGGUCCAUGUGUUCUCCGCCAUAUUCUAUCGAUAAGUAGAGGGUGUUUGCUAUCAUCCAGUGGUUUUCCUAGAAAUAAAAAAUUUUGCAUGGUUAAUUCUGAUGCUCGGGGCACCUUUUUACUAAACUGCUUUACAGCUCUUUGCACGAAGAAAGGUUGUUGAUCCGUGGGGCUGAAAGGGUACUCGUCGAUAUCAAUCGCUGAUUGCCACACAGUUUCAUGCCCAAAUCGCUCGAUACAGUCCUGAUAAGCGGCGUGCUGUGUGCCGCCAAUGGAAUAUGGAUAUGCUCUGUGACUCCAGUCAACAUAAGUCACAAAUCCUUCGUCAAUAAGUGAUUUCAAAGCUAGAGCUUGUGACUCGUUCUUAAGCACGUAAGCAUCAUAAAUAUAAACGUGUUCAAAUCCAGUAUACCGAAGAUAAUAAAGCCAUUGUUUCAUUUCCCGAGUGGUUAACUUCGCGAGGUCUUUAUAGUAAAUUCGCACAAGAAGCACGGCUGUUAAAAAGAAAGGCUUCGAUGAGUUUUCUUUUAAGUGGCACCAGCUUUGACAAUUAAUUUUCUUUGUUGUUAUGGUGGCAGUUUCCUCCUUCCCAUCUGUUGUUUUCACUAUUUGCCGAGGAGUCACAGUAUUUAUUUGCCUUGUGUCCUCAGAGGGUGGCGAGUCGUAAAGGUUCAGUGUAACUUUGGAGAAGUUUAUCCUUGGUUGACCGGAUGAGUAGUUAAUUUCACUGCUGAAUUUCUUGUCAACAGCAUUUAUUAUGCGGAGACCAAACGUAUGCAUAAGAAGAACCACAAAUAACGCGUAAAAUAAGACUAACAUCCAUAACAGCUUCCUUGUUGAGAAAAGAUGUCGACGUCCACAACGUUGUGGAAGAAACUUCGUGCAAUUUAGGAGCGCCAUUUUCAUAGCCAGUGUCUGAAAGUCAAAAGUACAGAGAUCGACACCAUGUUUACACCGUAUCAGUGCUUUUUACUGAGACUAAUUUUCACGUGACAAUCCUCAGGUGCAGAAUGACUCGACAACAACGAAACUCAGUUAUGCGGAACAAAUGUCACAAAUGCAAGGUUUUAGAAAUAUUGUCGAGUAUAGUAGUGAGCAAUAAAUAUAAUUAUGUUCAUAUAAAACAUUUAGUGUAUUUUUAUUUAUUUAUUUAUUUAUUUACUUGCCAACUUAUUUAUUUAUUUGUGCGAUUUAUAUUUACGAAUGUCGGUAAAGUUAAGCUAAGUGCUUAGAAUUAACAUAUGAAUGAGUUAAAUAUUGAAUGUCCUAUGGCUCAAGCCAAGUCAAUUCAUAUGCGACGAGCAUUUUAAAAAUGUUUAAUUCUUCGUUUUCGUUGUCACGCAAUAAACACGGCACAAAGAAAUAAAUUGGAAACCGUCCAGUGGAAGAAGCCAAGAAAAUGAAAUGUUAUAAAAGACUAAUAUAUAAACAAUUUGUCCAAAACUCAGGUGUUUGUGGCCCACAGUUUCUGAGUUACUUGCCGAAACGUUUCACGCAUGGUGAAUCCAUUUGAUGACGUCACUGUGAAAACUAUCAAUAUGCAAAGUCUGUUGUUCUUGGUCAUUACCAUCAGGUUCGUCUCUUGUAAAAAGUUCGCCUUUUGACCCAGGCCUUACAUGUUCAUAUACCGGCCACAAAAAUACAUCCUUAGGCCGUUCUUAAAUUUAAAGAAUGAGAUGUUUUCUUCCCACGAUAGCUUGCUUUUUAUUAUUUAAAACGAAGCGUUCUUCUUUUCUUUUUAAUUUUCCCUUUUUUACCUCAGGUAUUUCAUUUUCUUUUCUUUUGUAAUUUAUAAAUGACCUCUGGAUUUCCGUUUUCCUGCCCUUUUCCUUGCAUCGAUCCGAAACUGAAUUUUAAAAAGUUUUUCUUACUAUUAACAUUCGAAAACAAAAAAGAUUAGGAAGUAUUGUAGUAUCACUUUACAUCACGUACCUCGCCGUUAACCAACUACGCGACAGACAAGCCACGCGAACGACUUCGUAAACGCUAAAAGCCUUGCAAGAGAGAAACCUCUGCUCGCAGUGUAAACUACACAACAGACAAGCCACGCGAGCGAUUUCGUAAACGCUAAAAGCCGUGCGGUGAUCGAUCGUGACAAAUGCGUUUGGGGUUCAUUGAGAACUGACAGCAAACCAAAACUAAUGCCAGGGUGAACAUGCAGUAAUUUUCAUGAAUCAAAUUGUAAAUCUCGAUUGGUAAGGCAUAAAAUUUCCACGUCUAACCCGGAUCGGUUCUACAAAUCUUUUCCGAUGGAGUCGAAGUGAAAAUGAACUGAAGUUUUCGGUGUGGCAGAAUUAUCGUAAUAAACGUGGCAGGCGAAGUUCAUUCAUUUGGAUCGUCCCAAACUGUGUGAACUGAGCUCGGUUAAUGAAAUGUGCCUUGUUUAAUCUGCGUCUAGGUUGAUUUUGUGAGAUAGCGACCGUGUUGUCUUCUCUUUUCUUUAAGCAGUCGGAUGGAAGUAUGGAAGAGGAUGACACGGAAACAUUGGAAAAGAAGCUCCGGGAGAAAGCGUUACAGUCCAUGCAAAGACACAACAAAUCUCCCGAAGCCCAACCAGACGAAGACUGA